AUGGAUGUGCGAUGCAUCGGUGGUCUUUGCAGAGGUGCAACCAUUGGUGUAGAAUGGCAUGGCACGGCAUGGCAAGCCAAGCCACGGCAUGGCAUGGCACGGCAAGCAAUGGCAUGGUAUGGCAUGGCAAGUCAAGCCAUGGCAUGGUAUGGCACGGCAAGUCAAGCCAUGGCAUGGUAUGGCACGGCAAGUCAAGCCAUGGCAUGGUAUGGCACGGCAAGUCAAGCCAUGGCAUGGUAUGGCACGGCAAGUCAAGCCAUGGCAUGGUAUGGCACGGCAAGUCAAGCCAUGGCAUGGUAUGGCACGGCAAGUCAAGCCACGGCAUGGUAUGGCACGGCAAGUCAAGCCAUGGCAUGGUAUGGCACGGCAAGUCAAGCCAUGGCAUGGUAUGGCACGGCAAGUCAAGCCAUGGCAUGGUAUGGCACGGCAAGUCAAGCCAUGGCAUGGUAUGGCACGGCAAGUCAAGCCAUGGCAUGGUAUGGCACGGCAAGUCAAGCCAUGGCAUGGUAUGGCACGGCAAGUCAAGCCAUGGCAUGGUAUGGCACGGCAAGUCAAGCCAUGGCAUGGUAUGGCACGGCAAGUCAAGCCAUGGCAUGGUAUGGCACGGCAAGUCGAGCCAUGGCAUGGUAUGGCACGGCAAGUCAAGCCAUGGCAUGGUAUGGCACGGCAAGUCAAGCCAUGGCAUGGUAUGGCACGGCAAGUCAAGCCAUGGCAUGGUAUGGCACGGCAAGUCAAGCCAUGGCAUGGUAUGGCACGGCAAGUCAAGCCAUGGCAUGGUAUGGCAUGGACUGGCACGCAGAAGUAGCGCAGCAUCGUGAGGGGCUCCCAGAGGGACAGGCAGCAGCGGAAGACAAAGGGGUGUGCGGACCAGAGAGGGAAGCCGGGCACUGCAAGGAGUGUGGAGAAUAG